CUUUCUCUUCAGAGCUCUUCAAAAGAUUUUGCCUCACAUAAGUGAGGAAGCUUGAUCCAGCAGCAUCUUCACUCCAUCAUCUCUGCCUCCAGAAGCUCCAGCAGCCUGAUCCUCACCAUGGCUCCUCAGUCUCUCCUGCUGUCCCUCCUGCUCCUCUGGUCCCUCCUCAGCACUGUCUGCUGCAGUCCCAUGUGUAACAACCAGUGCUGUCAUUUCGUGGAGGGAUUUCCAGUCCGGCUAAAGAAGCUCAGAGAGGACUACUCCCAGAUCAGAGACUUCUAUGAAGCAAACGAUGACUUGGACACAGCGCUGCUAGACCAGAGCGUCGAGGACUCUUUCAAAAGCCCAUUUGCCUGCCACGCCAUGAACAGCAUCCUGGACUUUUACCUGAGCACGGUGCUGCCAACGGCAAUGGCGGGAGUGACCGACGACAUCAAGGACUUAAAAGCUCCCAUUGAGUCCAUCCAGCUCAUCUUCGACCAGCUCAAGAGAGAUAUCAUCACAUGUAGAAAUUACUUUGCCUGCAAGAAACAGUUUGACAUCAAAAACCUAAACUCGACUUACACACAGAUGAAUAGUAAAGGUCAUUAUAAAGCCAUGGGGGAGCUGGAUCUGCUGUUCAACUACAUUGAGACCAUCUGGCUUCUAAACGGUACAGAAACGGAGUAGCCACUGUUUGAAGAACUGCUGACCCUAAACUUACUGUGAACUUGACAGCCAUUGACCCUUGCCCAUUUAUUGAAUGUAAUAUUUACAGAGAUGCAGAUUAUCUUGUUUUUGACUUCUUCUUUUGUCCUGAGGACAAGUUUCUGUUUUAAGACCAUAUUGCGUCAUACAUUAUAUGAAGUUACGAACAAUACUGUCUGUUAUAAACUGUUAUAUUUAUUUUUGUAUUUAUUAUGACUGAGAUUGUUUUGCAUUGCAGUAGAAUAAAUGACUUGUUGACAAUGUA